AUGCACCAAGUGUUUGACCGUCGCUGUCUCCGACCCGUUGACCGAGUCCGCGGGCACCAUUGUAUUGGCAAUGCUGAGUCCUUGAUGGACAAGCGUGUUGAAGAGAACAAGCAGUUCAACGGAUUCGAAUGCCCCUCGGAAUUGCAGGCCUUCACUUUGUGCUAUCCUAUCUUUGACAAUGCCUCUAAACUACGAAAACCGUUCCCUAACUUCAGGCAUUAUCAAUCUCUGCCCAUGGUCACCCGCAUGCUACCUACCUGA